GCAGCGGACGCUGGAUUUGAUGACAAAAAUUUCUACGAUUUCAUGAAAAAUCCAGAAAAGAGUGAUCGAGUGAAGCUAAAGUCACUGAAAGUAUCCGAUUGCAUGAAACCAUUCGAAAUGUGGGAUAGCAAUGAAUGCCGUAAAAUGUCGUGCCUUACGAGUUUGACAGGUCCUCUGCAACAAAACCGCUGCUUUAUUAAACAGAUCGCUGUAGUGUUUCGUUACGUAACCAAAUAUGCAUUUCACUGUGAUGGCUGCUGUUCACAGGGCCGAUGCACUGAAGAGGAAGACGUACAAAAUGUUAAAAAGGCCGAAGCACAUCUCACAAGCAGAAGAGUGGAGUUGGAAGAACUGGACAAUCGCACAUACACGAGUAAAGAAGUGAACAUGUAUCGGCAUUUUCAGCCGGAAAUGUGA